CUUGUUUUCCUCCAUGUACUUAUUUCACGGCAUUAUAUUUUGUAUCCUCACAUUUGUUAUGAAAAGUCUUCUCACCAACAAGUCUAAAAUGGAGCAAAACCCCCUAAAGAUUUGGCUUUGCCAUCGAAUUAUCACUGCCAGCCACCUUAGAUUUGCUAACCUCUUGUCUGGAACAGAAGCCUUCUGCAUAUACCUGCGCCUUCUAGGUGCAGUAAUUGGCAAGCAUUGUUCAAUCAGAGCCAUCAAUCCAGUAUUGGAUCCGGAACUAAUCUAUAUCCAUACUGGUGUUCAUCUCGGUGACUUCAGCAGGAUUAUUUCUGGAUUCUAUUCAACUGGUGGUCUUUCUCGUGGGAAGAUUGAAAUACAAGAGAAUUCUGUUAUAGGCAGCCAAAGUAUAGUCCUUCCUGGCACAGUGAUUCAAGAAGACGUUAUUCUUGGUGCACUCUCGGUUGCCCCAAUGAACUCAACGCUCAUAAAGGGAGGAGUUUAUGUUGGUUCUCGAACUCCAGUCAUGAUCAAGAAUACUAUGCACAUGUUGGAUGAAAGAAUAGAAAAGAUGGACACGAAAUACAAGAAGAUAGUUGGCAAUCUGGCUGCAAAUUUAGCUGCUACAACUUUGAAAGUCAAAACAAGGUACUUCCAUCGAAUUGGUGUUAGUGGGAAGGGACAUUUAAAAAUUUAUGACAACAUUAAAGGUUUACCUGAUCACAAGAUAUUCUCUGCUGGGAAGAGUUACCCUGUGUUCAUCAGACAUAGCAACAGCUUGAGUGCCGAUGAUGACGCCAGGAUCGACGCUCGUGGAGCAGCAUUGAGAAUACUUUCAGAUGGAUCAGACUCCACCCCACUCCUUGACUUGACAUUGAAAACAGGCAAUGCAUUCUACGCAAGGACAAUUGCAGACUUUGCAACAUGGCUUGUGUGCGGACUUGCUGCAAGAGAAGAGCAUGUCAAGAAAGUACCUCAUAUCCGUAAUGCAGUAUGGAAUUCUCUUCGUUUAGCCGACUCAUAUACAGAGCUACAUUAUUACUCAAACAUAUGCCGGCUGUUCCGAUUCAAAGGUGGACAAGAAAUGUACGCGAAAUUAAAAUUGAGGCCUUACGAUAGAACAAUCAAUGAGGAUUCCGGUAAGGUUGAGCCGAUUGGAAUUCUCCCACCAGAGACAGGUGCAAUUCCAAGAGCCGAUGAUGACAAACGGCCGUUGCUGUUUUUGGCCGAAGAUUUCCUUAGUCGUGUGAACUCUCCUGGAGGUGUUCGUUACGUUUUUCAGCUUCAAAUGCGUCCAGUUCCACAAGAUGAGGCUGAUCAAGACAUCGCACUUGACUGCACCAAACCCUGGGACGAGACUGAGUUUCCAUUGAUAGACAUUGGAGAAAUUGAAAUCCACCAAAGUCUAUCAAAAGAAGAAUCUGAAGCACUGGAAUUCAACCCCUUUCUCCGAUGUGACGAGGUUGACGUCAUUUCAGCUACAUCAGUCUCCCAGAGUGCUUCAAUCGAUCAUGGCCGUUCAUUGAUAUAUGAGAUUUGCCAGCAUCUGCGAAAUGGAAGUCCUCUCCCAGAGGCCUGGAAAAUCUUCCUUCAACAAUCAGACACAAAAGUAGAUCUCUCUGGCUGUCCAGUGGCUGCAGCUUUGAAGGAAAGGGGCAAGGAAAAGGCGGCGCUGGACAGGACUUGGUAUCAGAACUUCUGGCUUACAUUCUGUCAACCACUAUUACAAACAGCCCUGCCUUAUUACAUCGUAGGUUUGGCCACCUUUUUUCCACUGGCUUGUGUUGUGCACCUGAAGGAAGACAAGAAACUUCCAUUGCAUUGGUUACUUCCAUUGAUGUGGGUGUCUUCUGGGAUUAUAGCUGCACUUUGUUGUGUCGUAGCGAAAUGGGUUCUUGUGCAGAGGAAGAAAGAAGGGGAAUCAAUAGGAAUUUGGAGCAUACGGAUUUUCAUGGACACAAUAUGGCAGGGCAUUAAAACAGUGGUGGGAGAUUAUUUCAUGGAAAUGACAAGUGGGAGUUUCAUAUUUGUGGUGAUAAUGAAGUUGAUGGGUUCAGAUGUGGAUUUGGAGCAAGGGGGUUAUGUGGACAGCAUGGGAGCUUUGUUGAAUCCUGAAAUGGUGAAGAUCCACAGAGGCGGUAGUGUGGGAAGAGAAGCAUUACUAUUUGGACACAUAUAUGAAGGAGGAGGGGAAGUCAAGUUCGGAAAUAUUGAAAUUGGAGAAGGUGGCUUUGUGGGUAGCAGAGCAAUAGCCAUGCCGGGAGUAAGGGUGGAGAGUGAAGCAACUCUUGCGCCUCUCUCUUUGGCCAUGAAAGAAGAAAUCAUAAGGGCAAGUUAGAUUAGAGUUGUUGAUAUCACCUUUUUCUGGGUGAUUGAAUAAUAAAUUGUUGUAUGAAUUUAGAUAUAAGUAUACAGGUUGCUGCUCUUUGUACUCUUCUUUCUUACUCAUACAUAAAAUAAAAGGAACCAAGAAAAAGUGAGGUCA